UAGAGACAGGGAGCUAAGACGCCUGGGCGUAAAGUUUGACGAAAAACGUCUUACUUUUAUUGCGACUGGUUCUUCGAAACGAUGGAGAAAGUAAAUACAUUUUUGUCGUUGUGCCUGGAAAAUGACUUGACAGGAGUACGUAAUUUGUUGAGAAAUGGUAUUCCAGUUGACGCUCAGGAUGCCGAAGGUACAACGGGGUUGCAAAUCGCAGCCACAAACGGGUACAAAACGUUGGCCGAACACCUUUUGGAGCAAGGCGCCGAUGUCAACCUGACGAACAACUGCGGUUGGACACCGCUUAUGCAUGCUGCACAGCAUGGUCAGGUCUCUGUAGUGACGCUGUUAUUAAAUUACGGUGCGGCCAUAAAUGCAACCAGCCUCUUGGGUGUUGGUGCAUUAACAUUGGCUGCAGCAGGAGGUCACCACUCAACAGUCUGCCUCCUUCUAGAAGCAGGAGCAGACGUUGCAAGCGCUGCUGCCCACUCUGGCUCAGGGCUCACUCCUUUAGCUGCUGCUGCCAUCAAUGGACAUGCAUCAGUCAUUGGUGUCCUUCUUCAGAGGGGAACUUCUGUCAACCAUGCACUUCUAGCAACUGGCACAAGUCCUCUCAUGCUGGCUGCAAGUGGUGGUCACCUUCGUGUAGUACAGAUGCUCAUGAACCAUGGUGCUGACCCAAACCAGCAGAAUUUCUAUGGCAAAACAGCCUUGGAUGUAGCCACAGCUUGUUCAAACAUGGAAGCAGCUGAAUACCUUCGAAGCAUGACACAAGUUACAUCAAACCAAGAGUACGAUCCAACCAUUAUUGAUGUCUUCAAAGCUAUUGCAGGGGGCAACUUGAAGGAAUUGAAGAGACUCUUGAAGGAUCAUCCAUCAUGUACUAACUGGUGCGACCUAAAGAAGGGCACAACUCCCUUAAUGCAUGCUGUCAUACUGGGCUGCAUGGAUGCUGUCACACUCUUGGUAAAAAACAAUGCUGAUCUGGAGAUGCAAGACUACACAGCUGGCUGGACAGCACUCAUGCAUGCUGUAUAUCAUGGGCAUGUCAACAUUGUGCGCUACCUCAUUGGCUCAGGUGCUGACGUCUGUGUAGAAGCUUUCAAUGGCGCUACUGCUCUUGACAUUGCUUGCUAUCUUGAGAAUGGAGAUGCCAAAAUCAUUCGGAUGCUGGCUGACCAGACAGCUGCCCGCACGUCAUUACCAGGGAACGAGAGGUACUGUGUGAAAGCAGUUGCCAUUGUUUUCCCCACCUUUAGAAGACUUGGGUUACUAAACCUGUUAUGCAUGAUAAGACAGAGUGACCCUCAGCAUUUCAAGGCAUUUAGGGGCUGGAUUGGUCAUGUAACACAAAAGCUGACACCAUGGAAAGGUAGACAGGUAGUGCAAAAAAGUGUCAGUCAAGCAGCCAACCAGCCUAGUUCUUUGGCUUUGGACCUGCAGUCACUGAGCACAUCACCAAGGCCUAGCACACUGCCUGCUUUAGACAUUUCCUUCACAUCUCCGCAAAUAACUUUUCCUGAAGUAGACGCUGUUUUCAAAGCAGCACCACUGUCACUUCCAAACUACGCAAAAAUGCUUGAAGCCACCCCAGCAGCCAUGCCUGAUACUACUGCCCAACCACACAUACAAAAGAUUAUGAGAACGGCCACUGAACCAAUAUUUCUUCGACAUUUCAAGCAACCUCCCUGCAUUAAACCAGAGCCCCCAGGUGUAAUGGAUGUUCUACAACAACUAGGUCUUGACAAGUAUGCUAAAAACUUCGAAGAAAAUGAGGUUGACUGGGAAGCAUUUGUGAAUCUGGACUCAAAGAGCAUAGAAGAAAUUGGUGUUAAAACAGAAACCAGCAGAGAAGCACUACGGGAAGCCAUCAACCAACUGCAAAAACAUAAGCCCACGUAAACGUUAUCAAAGUCUCAGGUUGUACAAGCCAACUAAAACUUUUGUGGUCAUUUUCAUUGCCACACAACAUUUGCAUUUGCCAAGACAAUAAAA